CAUUGUCUUCACUAGGGAGCAGAAGAAGGGAGAGAUGGCGGCCGCCGGUUCAGACCCUGGGCGGGGAAUCAUGGCUGCAGAACAAGAGGCUGAAGAAACUGUUUCUCAAGAGCUGCACAGCGCCUCUGAGCUGAGGAUCGUGCUGCUUGGGAGAAGCUGGGUUGGGAAGAGUUCAUCAGGAAAAAUCAUCCUGGGCAGAGAGGAGUUCAGAUCCGGAUUCAGCUCCUCUGCAGAAACAAAGGAGUGUGAGAAGAGAACAGGAAAAGUGGCUGGGAGACGGGUCACUGUGGUCGACACUCCAGACUUGUUAGACACAGACCAGGUCGAGAUUGAGAGAUGUGUUUCUCUGUCUGCCCCGGGACCCCACGCUUUCCUCCUGGUGAUACCCGUGUAUCCAAAAGAAAUGAUUGACACUUGUCGUGAGUCUAUAGUAGAACAGUAUUGCAAAUCCUUUGAUAAAGUGCAGCAGCUGUUUGGUGAGAGAGCUGUGAGGAACACGAUGAUCCUUUUCACUCGCGGGGAUCUUCUGGAAGGCAGGACGAUUGAGCAGUACAUUGAGGAAGCUGGUGAGGAGUUCCAGCAGCUUGUUGAGAAAUGUGGGAACAGGUAUCAUGUUCUCAACAAUAAGAACAGGAGCGAUUGCACUCAGGUCACACAGCUCCUGGACAAGAUAGACAACAUGGUGAAGGGAAGUGGAGGCUGCUACCUCCCAAAUGGGAUUUACCAGGAGGUAGAAGAAAGGAUUAGACUAAAGGAACAGGAGCUGAAUGAGAAACACAAAGAGGAACUGAGGAGGAAAGAAGAGAUGAAACAGAAAUAUGAGGAGGAACAGAGGAGGAGAGAAGAGAUGAAACAGAAAUAUGAGGAGGAACAGAGGAGGAGAGAAGAGGAGAUGAAACAGAAAUAUGAGGAGAAACAGAGGAGGAGAGAAGAGAUGAAACAGAAAUUUGAGGAGGAACAGAGGAGGAGAGAAGAGGAGAUGAAACAGAAAUAUGAGGAGGAACAGAGGAGAAGAGAAGAGGAGAUGAAACAGAAAUAUGAGGAGGAACAGAGGAGGAGAGAAGAGGAGAUGAAACAGAAAUAUGAGGAGGAACAGAGGAGGAGAGAAGAGAUGAAACAGAAAUAUGAGGAGGAACAGAGGAGGAGAGAAGAGGAGAUGAAACAGAAAUAUGAAGAGGAACAGAGGAGGAGAGAAGAGGAGAUGAAAGAGAAAUAUGAGGAGGAACAGAGGAGGAGAGAAGAGGAGAUGAAAGAGAAAUAUGAGGAGGAACAGAGGAGGAGAGAAGAAAUGAAACAGAAAUAUGAGGAGGAACAGAGGAGGAGAGAAGAGGAGCUGAUGGAGAAGUUGAGGAAGCAAAUGAAGGAAGAGGAGCUGGAGAAAGAGGCAGAGGAAUCCAAGCUGCCUGUCAGGAGAAGGAACAGCAUUGAUGAUGGACAUCGUCCCAACUUUUCUGGAGGUGAAGGAGAGGCUCCCCUUGCAGAUACCCAAGCGUCUCCCAGCCCCCCUGAGCUGAGGAUGGUGCUGCUUGGGAAGACUGGGGCUGGGAAGAGUGCAGCAGGAAACACCAUCCUGGGCAGAGAGGAGUUCAGAUCUGAAGCCAGCUCCUCUGCAGUAACGAGGGAGUGUGAGAAGAGAAAAGGACAAGUGGCUGGGAGACGUGUUGCUGUGAUCGACACUCCAGAGCUCUCUCAGGACAAACUCCAGAUUAGGAGCUGUGUUUCUCUGUCUGCCCCGGGACCCCACGCUUUCCUCCUGGUGAUACCGGUGGGCCGAUUCACAGAGGAAGAGAGGAGAGCAGUGGAGACAGUCCAGGAGAUAUUCAGUGAGGAGGCUGUGAGGAGGUACAUGAUGCUCCUUUUCACACACAGUGACAAACUGAAAGGCAAGACCAUUGAGGAUUAUAUUCAGACAGGCAGCAAGGAGCUCCAGCAGCUUGUUGAGAAAUGUGUGAACAGGUAUCAUGUUCUCAACACUGAGGACAGGAGAGAUCGCACUCAGGUCACACAGCUCCUGGACAAGAUAGACAACAUGGUGAAGGGAAACAACGGCAGCUACUACACCAGUGAGAUGUACCAGCAAGCAGAAGCAAAGAUCAGACAAAGACAAGAGGAGAUACUGAAGGAGAAGGAAGAGACAAUACUGAGGGAGGAAGAGGAACUGAGGGCAAAGCACCUGAAAGAACUGGAGAACACGAAAAGGAAGAUGAGAUUGGAAAUCCAGAAACGAGACGAGAAGAUCAGAGAGCUGGAGGAGAGGAUAGGAGAGCUGGAGGAAGAGCUGAGGAAAGAACAGGGAGAGAAUCACAGGAUCAAACUGGAAGAAGAGCUGAGGAGAAAGAGAGAGGAGAGAGAAAGGACGGAGCGAGAGAAGGAGGAGUGCAUGGAGAAGGGGGAGAGAGAGAGGGGAGAGUACGAGGAGAAACACAGGAGAGAGAUAGAGGCAGUCAGGCAGCGCUACCAGGAAAUCAUUAGACCAGAAGCAGAGAAAUCCAAUGACUUUGUGAAGCGCUGUGUGAAGCCAGCAGCAGUAUUACUGGGAGCAGCGGCAGGGGCACUGCUAGGGGCAGCAGCAGGAGCUCUGAGGGGUCCAUUCGGAGCUGCAGCAGGAGCUGCUAUUGGAUCUGUAGCAGGAGCCCAAGUAGGAGCUCUGAUAGGAGGAGCAGCCAGGGCAGGAGUAGCAGAGAGCUCAGACACACACACACACAGAAGCAGAGAGCUCAAAUAAACUCCUAACCUCACCCCCUGUGCCACUCCAGGGCUCACAGCUGACAGAAAGAAAUGUGUGGGAGGACCCCCCCGAGUCACAUGACGACACGACAUUUCCUGUCGGGGUGACAUUAAAAGCCAGCUGGCUUUCUUGACUAAAGAGACAUCCAAGUGUUCUCGUAAUCCUCGCCCUUUUUAUGCGAUUAGGAAAAGCUUCAUCAAGCAGCUCAUUAUAAUGACAUGUUGUUAAAUAUGAUUGUGUUUGUCUCCACGGCUGCGUAUCCAGAGCCUUUCUUUCUACAGCACAGUGUCAGGUUUGAGUCGAGCACUGUGAGCCUCUUGCGAAGCUGUAACUCGCUGGGAAAUGCACACUUUAUCAAUGGAUUUGAAUCAAUGUCUAGAAACCACUGCGAGCUGGUGAAUGGAAAAUCUCUCUGCAGAAUCACAGUGACAGAUGAACGCUGUGAAUCUAGGAGGCAGUGCGGUCCAGUGGUUAAAGUCCAGGGCUUGUAACCAGGAGGACACUGGUUCAAAUCCCAGCUCUGUCACUGACUGACUCACUGUCAAUACCAUGUGCUUUGCCUAGGUCCUGAGUAUUUCAACCGGGCAGCAGUGUGGAGUAGCGGUCAGGGCUCUGGACUCUUGACCGGAGGGUCGUGGGUUCAAUCCCAGGUGGGGGACACUGCUGCUGUACCCUUGUGCAAGGUACUUUACCUAGAUUGCUCCAAUAAAAACCCAACUGUAUAAAUGGGUAAUAGUAUGUAAAAAUAAUGUGAUAUCUUGUAACAAUUGUAAGUCGCCCUGGAUAAGGACGUCUGCUAAGAAAUAAAUAAUAAUAUUGGAGAGGGGGUGGGGUUAUUGAACAGGGGGUGUAGUUUAUGGAUUAGCGUUGCUGUUGUAACCACAUGUAUAUUUUACACAUAUUUUAAAUGAAAGACAACAGUUCAAAUGCAGGCUGCUUGUAUUGUGUGUGUGUGUGUGUGUAUAGUGUGUGUGUGUGUGUGUAUAUAUAUAUGUAUUGUUUAUAAGAUGUAUUUGUAAGCGAGAUAAACACCUUUUAAAAUAAAAGGCCACAAUACAGUUCCUUAAGACUUAAGUACUAUGUUAAUGCAUAUUUAAUUUUGUUUGAUUUCAUUCAUAAGAAUCUUUAGGGGUGUCAAUAAUUCUGAAUCUUUUUGAGAGUUUUUUAUUACUUGUUAAUAAAAUUUUUUUUUUUUUCUCUGAGCAAUUGUAUUAGAAUAAAAGAACAUGGCUUUCACAUAUAUUUGAGCAUAUUUUACACAAUAUAUUGUAUAUAUUGUUCAUAAGAUGUAUUUGUAAGUGAGAUAAACACCUUUUAAAAUAAACGGCGUCCUGUGGUGUUCUUGUAAAGAUGUGAAUCAGUAACCAGCUCGCGUGUUAGCCUUGGGCUCCGAGCUGCAGAACAAGGUCAGCUGCUUCACUAUUGAAAACAUCCGACUCUAUUACAAAACACCGUUGCAUUCCUUCA